UUGACUGAAUAUUUAGCCCCAUCCAAGGAACAUUAAUUUGAUAUCUUCGGGAUUUUGCUGCCCCUAAGUUGUGAACCAGCAUCGCUUGAAAGGUUAAAAGCAUAACUAUGAAACCGGGUCGAGUCUGUGUGUGUGAGCGGAGUCACGGUGGAGAACUGAAGUGCUGAAGAUGACGCUGUCGCUCAUGAAAUUACCGGCUAGCUAAGCUAACGGCUAGCAUGUCCGCCUUGGGUUGUAGCCUGUCACUAGCUGACAUUUAGCUAGGUGCAGUUAUUCUGUUUGGCACUCGCACUGCAGAGGACGAUUUCACAAGGGAACUGGUGUGCACUCCCAUGCGGAAAGUGAGGAGGUGGGAAUGUGACACAGUUGUUAACAGACUCAACAUGGGUAGGGGUCGAGGCAGAGGGAGAGGGAGGGGCAGGGGAUCAUCCGGCCAGCUGCGGCCCCCCUCGCCCUACAGACUGCAGCUCUCUCCAUCCAGAGAGACACUGACAUACGCUCAGGCGCAGAAAAUAGUGGAAGUGGACCUAGAAGGAAGGCUCCAUCGGAUUAAUAUCAUGGAUUCUCUGCCGGUUAUCACGGAGGAUGAGAUGAUGGCCCAGGACAUUGCUGAGUGCAACAGCAACAAAGAGAACAGUGAACAAACGCAGAGCAAAACCAGAUCGUGGAGGAAACCCUCAAACAGCAAAAACAGGAGGAGCGGUAAAAAUACAGCUCACCAGAACCAACGGUCUGGCUCACAGCAGCACACAGGACCUGCUAACUCCUUCCAGCACCCGUCCCACCAGACCCCUCUGCCUGAGCCCACCUUCCGUGUGCUGAGUUCAGUUUGCCCCUCAGAGGCGCCUCCUCUCCCAACAGCCUACUACUGUUACAUAGAAAAGUCAUUGGAGGAACAGGACAGCGUGGCUGAGUAUGACAUGGACGAGGAGGACCUGGCCUGGCUGGAGAUGGUGAACCAAAAGAGGGUGUCAGACGGCCAUGCCUCUGUACCUCCGGACACUUUUGAACUGCUGAUCGACCGCCUGGAGAGGGAAUCCAUCCUGGAGUCCCGCAGCCAGGCGCUGUCCCAGAGCGCCGUUGACGAGGACGCUUUCUGCUGCGUCUGCUUGGAUGACGAGUGUCUAAACAGUAACGUCAUCCUGUUCUGUGACAUCUGUAAUUUGGCCGUCCACCAGGAGUGUUACGGCGUGCCCUACGUACCUGAGGGUCAGUGGCUGUGCCGCUGCUGCCUGCAGUCCCCCUCCCGUCCUGUAGACUGUGUGCUGUGUCCCAACAGAGGAGGUGCCUUCAAACAGACGAGUGAUGGACGUUGGGCGCAUGUUGUCUGUGCCAUAUGGAUCCCGGAGGUGUGCUUUGCCAACACAGUGUUUUUGGAGCCGGUCGAGGGGGUCAAGAACAUCCCUACUGCCCGCUGGAAGCUCACCUGCUACCUGUGCAAGCAGAAAGGCAGGGGAGCGUCCAUUCAGUGCCACAAAGCCAACUGUUACAGGGCCUUUCAUGUCACCUGCGCCCAGAAGGCCGGCCUGUUUAUGAAGAUAGAUCCAGUCCGGGAGACUGGUGUCAACGGCACCACCUUCUCUGUGAAAAAGACUGCUUUCUGUGAGCAUCACUCUCCAGUGGGCUCUCGGCGGGACGGGUCCGGAGACGAGUCAGUCGAAGGGAGACUGGUAGGAGGCAGGGGUAACCGAGGUCAGAGGUCCUACAUUCAGAGCCCCCCAUCACCACCGAGCAAGAAGGCUACCAAGGGCAAGAAGAAGAACACGAAGGGGUCUGGUGGGUCGACACGUCGCUCAGCUGUGCCUGUGCUGCUCGUGCCUCAGAUCCCCUCUCACAGGCUGAACAAGAUCUGCACAGGAGUUGACGUCCAGAGGAAGAAUCAGUUCAUGCAGAGGCUUCAUAACUACUGGUUACUGAAACGACAGUCACGAAAUGGGAUGCCUUUAAUACGUCGACUUCAUUCCCAUCUACAGUCCCACAAGACUGCAGAGCAGAAGGAGCCUGAUGAGAAGCUGUGUGCUGCAAGAGAGGAGCUACGAUACUGGCAAAAGUUGAGGCAAGACCUGGAGAGAGCACGACUAUUGGUCGAACUCAUCCGCAAGAGAGAGAGGCUAAAGAGAGAACAGAUGAAAAUUCAGCAGGCUGCUCUGGAGCUGAAGUUGACCCCUGCGUUGGUGCUCCUGCGAUCCACCUUGGACCAACUGCAAGAGAAGGACACAGCAAAAAUCUUCUCUCAGCCAGUCGAUCUGUCAGAGGUCCCAGAUUACCUGGAGUUUAUUUCCCAACCCAUGGACUUCUCUACCAUGCGUAAAAAGCUGGAGGGCCAUGCAUACUGCUCAAUCGCUGACCUAGAGAAGGACUUUGACCUCGUGAUCUCCAACUGCCUCAAGUACAACUCCAAGGACACCAUGUUUCACAAGGCAGCCUUACAACUGCGGGAGGUGGGUGGUGCUGUUCUGCGUCAUGCCCACAGGCAGUCUCAGGGCAUUGGUCUGGACCCCAGCACUGGCAUGCAUCUCCCAGACACUCUGAACAAACAUGGCUUCAACCACUGUACGUGGGACGACGUCGACUCUCUCUUGGACCCAGACAACAGACUGCACUUAAACACAGACGAACAGCUGAAGGCCUUACUGGACAAACUGGACAUGGUGACAUCCAUGCGUACCAGUGGCGGUCGAACCAAACGCAUUAGGCUGCUACGCCGAGAGAUCAACACUCUGAGACAGAAGAUGAGUCAGCAGCAGCAAAACUCUCAGUCUGUGAACGAUAAGGACAAGGAUAACGAAGGGAAAGAGGAGGAAGAAGAGGAUGACGAGGAGGAGGAGGAAGAAGUGGAGGAGAAGGAAAAGAAAAAGAAGAAAAAUGUUGAUAAUGGACCUUUGACAGCAGUUUCCAACUCUGGGACAGAUGACUCUCCACCUGUACUAGAACUUACUUGCCCAGUGUCAUCACCUCUACCAGGGGAUGCUCCUCUCGAACCCCCAGUUCUUGGCAUUGUAACUGGAGGGCGAAGGUCACCUGGACGCUCAUACAAGCGUCAGAGGUCAUCUCGCAGUGGAAGCAAAAGCCAAGGCGAAGAUGAGGCAGAGGUCGGUGAAACGCCAUCAUCACAGCCAGAGGCUGUUCAUGAGGUCACUCCUCUGGGAACACCCCCGACUCUGCCCAUAGUUGGAGUUGGUCGUCGCACAUCCGUCCUGUUUAAGAAAGCAAAAAAUGGGGCACGAAUGGCAAAAACCAAGUCCCCGCCUCAACAAAACGGGAAAACAUCUGAGGAAAAAUCAAACGGAUUGGACAGCACCCCUGCCAGCCCAAAUUCACCCAGUGUGACCAGCAUCACUACCUUACCCCCGACUCCCAAUGCUUCCCCUACUCCUCCGUCUCCGUCCUCACACCACCUGAGGUCCAGAGGCCACAGUUCAGAGAGCGAAGUAGACAAACUCCCUCCGCCAACGAGAGAAGGCCUGACAAACGGAAAACAUAAUUCUGCAGACCAUGAUGAUGACGACCAAAAACUAAACUGCAGUGUCUCUCCACCAAAACGAAGUCGUGGUAAACCUGCACUGGCUAAAGUUCCCAGCAGUGAAAACGGAGACAUCUCUGGAAAGUCUACACUUCUGUCUUUAGAUAGUGAGACCGAGCUCGCACCUCUGGACCUAGUUUGGGCCAAAAGCAGAGGAUAUCCAUCAUACCCAGCAAUGAUCGUUGACCCAGACAUGCCCCAGGAAGGGCUUCUUCACAACGGCAUCCCCAUCCCAGUGCCUCCUGUGGAGGUGCUCAAACUGGGCGAAUGGAGGGAAACGGAAGAAGGCGAAAAGCUCUUCUUAGUGCUCUUCUUUGACACCAAAAGAACUUGGCAGUGGCUCCCUCGUAACAAACUGCUGCAGCUGGGGAUGGAUGACACUGUGGACAAAUUGCGCUUAAUGGAAGGCAAGAAACCAAGUGUUCGCAAGUCUGUGCACACUGCGUACGACCGGGCCAUGGCGCAUUUAAACCACGUGAGAGGAAACCUAAACUUCACUCCCUCCAAUUUUAUAUAAAUUUUAGAUUUUAUCAGCUGCCUGAUUAUAUGUAUAGAGGCUUCAUCAAUGCUCCUAAAACAAACUGUUGGUGGAAUUUGAAGGUUUUCUGCCCUGAUUUUAAAAAUGGAGAGAAAAAGUGCUUGAAGACAUUUUCCUAGAUGAAUUUUGUUCAUUCAGUCAUGUAAUUUUUAAAGAUUUUACACAACCACUGUUGCUAUGUGUUCAUAUAAAGUUUUUUUUAAUUAUUAUUUUAGGCCAAAGUGAGUCAAGACUUAAGUGAGAAAAGUGUAAAUAUUUAAUCGUCAAAGGGAUUGUCUUGAUUCAAAACAUAUUUAGAUUGUAUUUGCCAUUGAAAUGUCACUGUGUUUGAUGAAGUGUGAAAGUCCCACUUUAUGUUCGCGUCAUAUCUGGACUCUACGGAAGUUUGGCUCUGACAGCUAUUGAUUACAAUUAUGAUUUUUAAUAACUUUUAUAAUUCUAAGUGGUGCUGGUAAUAUUAUAUAAAUGUUCUUUUUAAAAUUCACCAAAAAAACAAACCCCAUACAUUUGCUUCAAAUCCUCCCUCCACUGAAUUCAUAGUAUUCAGCCUUUUAGUUGCGUUUGAUAUUGAAGCAUUGGAGCAUUUUUCAAAAAUGUAAUACAUUAGUUUAAAACCGAAAGUGGAGCCUAACUGGUUCCAUGUCUGACUACUACAAUAUGUUAAGUAGAUACAACAAGAACAAUCUGAAGUGAAUACGAACACUGAUCUGUUUGUGUCAAUGGGCUGCCAAUGCAAACAUUCUUUAAACGGCCGGUCCAGCUAUGAUGUGUUGUAGGUGAAACUUUGGAGGUCUUUACUUAUUUUUCCAUAUUGUGAAACUGUAUUAUGAUACUAGAAUGUGGGAGUACCCGGUGCAGCUACUCGGUUAGUAAGAUGUGAAGCCACUAUAGAGGUGAAACUGGUUAUUUCGUGGUCAUGGCAAAAUCUACUGCGAUCACUCACUGAAGAAAUCUGGCUGAAAUGACUUGAAAAGCACAAUCGGUCUGUUAUGAAAAAGAAAAACUUGUUGGAUUGUUGACUCCUGGAGCUACAUAUGUGGCAAAAAUGUGCGUGUACAGUAUAUACAUAUAUGAAUACAACCUCAGUGUAGUAAAGGUGCAUGUGUAUAGUUUUAUAAAUAUGUAAAUGUAUGUUUAUAUUGGCUUACAUGAAGUAAUUUAAGGAAUGCAGAAAUCAAAUUUAGAAGAUUUUAAUUUAUAAUUUGUGGCAGUCGAGAGUGUUAUUUAAAAAAUAAAAUAUUGAAAAGAUUUAUGUAUGAUGCUAAGUAGCUCUUUGUAAUAGUGAUGGUAUUCACCAACAUGUCAAGAACAUAUUCUCUAGAAGUGAGGCGGCACAAGACCGGAGCUCUGUAGACGGCAGCAAGAACACUGGUCUACAAGGAGAGCUUUUUCGUUUUGUUUUGUCUUGGGUGAUACAGGAGAUUUUUGAUCUUGUGAUUUGAAUUGUUCUGCGAGAUCUAUAAUCUGCCCGAGACAAUAUUUUCUCACACAAGAAUAAAUGCUGUUUGAAACAAC